AUGUAACACAAAACACUCAUAUGGUGUUCGGUGUAAAUAUGAACGAUUUUAUAAGAGAAUUUUCACACCUAUAAAAUACAAAAUAUGUUUAUAAGGAGGCCGGAUAGUUCUUGCUUUUUUGAUGAAGCACUUCGAGCCGUCUGACUGUAAAAUCGUCUGAGUUUUGAGGAGUUUUUGCAGUAAUGGCUUGUAAUGAAGGCUGGCAGGUCGCAGGGCGUCGUAAAGGAGCUGCAAGAAGAGGAAAACAAGUGUUAAACCCAAAACUAGACUCUCAGCAGGAUUCUGACUGCAAAAUAGACCAACAGAAGAUAAUACACGGCAUGAAUGAACUGAGAGGAGAAACCUUCUGGAUGGAAUGGAAAGAUCUCCUCUGCGAGCGUCUUCUCUCCAGCACUUCAGAGCAGAGUGAAGAUGCGUCUCUUCUGCAGUGUGUUUGUUAUGGUUUGGGUCACUUUGAGUCUUGUGUAUCAGCUCGAUUUCAACUUGCCAUGCUGUUGCUGCUUCUAGAAACACUGCAGAUUCCCGUGAGCAGUUGUUGUGUGUAUGAUCCUGUAUUUUCCCCAUCAGAGUGUGAUGCUCUCAAAGAGCUCGGCUUCACGGUGUUGACUGAAAAUGAGGAAGGGAAGCGAGCUGUUUAUCAACCCACCCUGUUCUACCUGAUGCAUUGUGGGAAGGCGCUGUAUAACAACUUGCUGUGGAGAAACUGGACACCUCGAACAUUGCAAAAAAUGACUAUCAUUGGCAACAGUUUUAAUGGCAUUCAAGAGAGGAUGCUUCAACGGGAAUUGGAGAGAGACUACAGCUUCCUUUCACGUAUGAUCGGUGUGUGUGAGGAGACGCCGCUGUCCUGCUCGUCGCGAUUCCUGGAUGUGUUUAAUGACACCGCGCUCAUUCAGUUCCCUCUCGAAAAUCUCAACAAACUACCAGAAUGCACCUGGACUGAGCCUUCAGAGCCACUGUACCAACACUGCCAGGAUCUCGAGAUCAUCCAGAGAGAGAAAGACUGAUGAAAGGUGUCACGCACAUUGUUAUAGUUACCUAGUUCAUUUACAAUUUCUUGUCUUAAUUUUAUUUUUGCAAUAAGAAAUAAAACUAAAAUUCAUUUUCAGUAUAGUGUACUUUUUUCUUGGUAAAUUAUAUAAUUUUCUUGGGACUUAUAAUGUGAGUUAUUUGCCCAUCUGUAUUUUUUAUAUGAAAUACUGCAGUGUUUAUAACUUUUUUUGUGUGUGCUGGGCAAAGGUUAAUCGAAUCCAAAAUAAAGUUUGUUUUGACAUAA